GCGCAUGCGCGAGCGUGAAGAAAGAAAAGCCAGGGCGGCGCCAUUUUGCCGGGCUCUUUCUGAGGAGACAUUGGAGAGCCGGAGAAGCCGGAGCGGGGAGCGCGUCGUGCUGCUCCGCAAACACGGAUAGUGAAGGAAGAACCACCACCGCCACCAUCUUGGCGUUCAGGGCAUCCGACGGGGCCGGCCGGGCGAGGCCGGAACGGAGCCUCCCGUCGCAGCCGCCGGCAGAGUCGCCAAACAAGCAGGGCGAGCCUCGCCCCCGACGGUUCUGGGCACCCGAGAUGGCCGCGCAGUCAGCGCCGAAAGUCGUGCUUAAGAGCACCAGCAAGAUGUCUCUUAACGAGCGCUUUACUAAUAUGCUGAAGAACAAACAGCCGAUCCCGGUGAAUAUUCGUGCUACUAUGCAGCAGCAGCAAUUAGCCAGUGCCCGAAACCGGAGGCUGGCCCAGCAGAUGGAAAACAGGCCUUCCGUCCAGGCUGCCUUGAAACUCAAGCAGAAGAGCUUGAAGCAACGUCUGGGGAAAAGUAACAUCCAGGCACGCUUAGGCCGGCCGGCGGGACCCCUGACUCGGGGGUUAGGAGGACGGGGGCUGCCGAUGGGGCACAGAGGCUUGCCCCGGGGCGCCAUGCGUGGGGGCCGUGGCGCACGGGGAUUUCUGCGCGGAGGGAUCUCCCUGCGAGGACAGAGCUUGCUCCGGGGGGGACGGGGCAUGGCCCCCCGGAUGGGGCUGAGGAGAGGAGGCAUGAGGGGCCGAGCGGGGCCUGGCAGGGGCGGCCUCGGCCGAGGAGCCAUGGGACGGGGCGGCCUCGGCGGCAGAGGACGCGGCAUGGCCGGCCGGGCCAGGGGCGGCUUCGGGGGCCGCGGGAGAGGCCGGGGCCGGGGUAGAGGUGCCCCUCGCCCAGCGCUGACCAAGGAGCAGUUGGACAACCAGCUGGACGCUUACAUGUCAAAGACGAAAGGACACCUGGACGCCGAGCUGGACGCUUACAUGGCUCAGACAGACCCGGAAACCAAUGACUGAGACUGGGAAAGGGGGGAGGCUUGGGGGGGCACGGGGGAGUGUAGAAUGGUCCUCCCCUCCUGGCAGCCCAGAAUUGCCACCAGGGAGGACCUCCGAGGCAGAAAUGUAGAAAACCCAGGAACCCGCCCCCCAAUCCCUUUCGAACGUUUCCUCUUUGAUGUUUUGACGCUCCUGGUUGUGUGGACGUGUCAGGGGAGCGAAGACCCCUUUCUAAAGGCCUCUAAACAUUGGGGGGGGGGCUGAGCAGCUCCUGUUGGUCCCCCCCCUUUUUAUUAGCCAAGCAGCCUUGUCUCGCCCUCCCGGGGACCCCCAUCUUCGCCCCGCAGUGGAGGAACAACGCAUGUCUCCCCCUCCCCAAACACCCCUCCCAAAGGCCAGCUUUGAGGGAGGGGCUCGGCCGAAUCAGAGACCCUCCCACACUUUCCUGCCCAACAUGACUUUGUGGCUGGGAGCUCAAGGCGUCGGGAUCCUUCCCUCCCCCAGGAGAAAAUGAAUUAAAAUCCAGCCCCAAAUUUAAUUUUCUAAGCCCAACAGCCCCAGAAGAAGCCGAGAGGGUUUUUUUAUUAUUAUUGUUAUUAUUUGUGCGUUUUUAACGGCGGCUUCUCAUUGAUAUGUUCUUGGGUGGGGCGUUGCGGGCGUUUGUGAGUUGCCAAGGAGAUGGUUGCUCUUCCUCUCCUCCACCCUCCCACCCUCAGGAUCUGCAGUUUUGUGAACUCUCUGUUCUGAACGGCAUCUUGUAACAUCCCGGUUUUUCUGUAAGAAACAAUUGCAGGGAAAUGAAAACUUGGACUGUG